GGAGGAUCCGAGGAGUCGAUAAUCGUAACUUUUUUGUAUGAAAAGGGAAGUAUUUGAUUGGUGAAAUCAUCAACAGUGAACUACAUGAAGCAUAUGACAGCAGUCCAGUUGGAUGAUGGAGAGUGACGAAAUUGAAAAUCAAGUAAACUGGAAAAACUUUUUACAUCCUCUGCCAUCUAGGCGCAAGAUCAAAAAUGGCCGUACCAUCAAAAUUUGUGAUAAAAAGAAAGGAAACGAGUGUUUGUCUCAAGAAUUUGCCAUUAAACUCAUGAAAGAAAAACCUUAUAGUAUAAAAAUAAAGAAACCCAAAGCUGAGGAGGACACUGCAAUUCAGCAAAAUAAAGCCCCUUCUGUGGUGUUGGAACAGGUUGGAAUAGGAGUUUGUGAUCAGCUUAUCAAUGAAGACAUAAGUAAAGAAGACGAGGGUGUUAGUUUUACAUGUAUAUCUGCUGCGAAACCUUCUUUCUCUAAAAUUAAUGAAACCAAUGAAAAUUCCAGAGAUUAUCCGAUAGAAAUCAGUGACGAUGAGCCUUGCACUAGUGACCCAGGAAUCUUUACUAAAAAUCCUAUAACGUCGGACACUUUUCAAUUUGUUAAGCAGCGUGGAACAUUCUUAAAUACAUGUAAUUUGAAAGUCAAACAAAGACGAAAUGGAGGAAAACUUUAUCCUGCGAUUAAAAACAAGAGACCUCUAGACAACACGAAGUUCAGUGUUGUUGCUCAUAUGGAUCCACAAGCUGACAAGUACACUGUACAGAGACGACGAAAAAGAGCGAGGAAUAGUUUUACAAAGUCUGCAAGAAUGGCGAAUAAAAAAGACGACUUCGACUUACCGUGCUCUCAGUGGAAUAUUGUUUUAUUAUCUCGCUACUUCAGUUUUAAGAGCUGUGUGGAAAAGUUGGAGUUGAGAGAACAUAUUGACAACCACGAUGUCAUAUUAGACAAGAUAAUCGAAGACUUUAAAUACAGAAUGACAAUUGCUUCUUCUAAUGUCAAACAAAAUGUAGAAAAAACUGAUGAAACUUUAAAUUUUAUCUCCCUGUGCAGUACUGAAAUCGGUGCGAGAUUAGUUUUAAAUGAAAUCAUGUUCCCUCUCUGUGCAUAUAUGGGUCUGUCGAUCGAAAUUGAAAAGAAUGUAAACUGUGUUUUCCUCCCUAUGUCCAGAUUUGACUACAGAAUAGUAAAUUCAGAUGGGGAUGUUGUCGGAGCGGUAGAAGCAAAGAGCGCAGGAUCUCUGUGCCAAGAGUCUAUAGCGCAGGCGAUUGUACAACUCUGUGUACUUCAAACUGAACACCUUGAUAAAAAAGACACUGCCCAAGUUAUAAACACGCCUCUUUUUAAUAUUCUGACAGACGGUAUCCGUUAUGUCUUCAUCGUUCUCCAAGGAAAGAAAUUACAGUUUGAACAGGUUGAUGAUAGGGUUUCCGUUAGAGAGGUCAGAUCGUGGGAGGACGUGAACAAUCUGUUCAGGGCACUGUUGAGCUUGAUGAGAAAACAAACUCUUCCGCCGGAAAUUAUCGACCUUUCAAAUGAAAAUGACGUGGAACUGAUUGAAAUGACUUUAAUCUAAAAAUAAGUAUCAGGGAAAUGAUCAUCUUGGGAAAGCACUACCAUUUUUAUUUUCUGGGGAAUGAAUCGGAAGUUGUUUUUUCUUCAUCUUAUUCAAACGUAUUGAUCAACAAAUAAAAGGGAUGUUGAUCUGCCGUUUAAAAAUAGACAUUAAACGUUACAUGUGAUGAUGUUUGAUUUAUACUGUUUCGGUAGUAUUUUAGCCAUAUUUCGGCGGCGUUUCAUGUAUAAAAUAUUUUACUUGUACUUCUUUCUAAGGACAUUCAGCGUUUUAUAAUUAUUUUUUUCUUAUAUGAAUUUAUUAAUAUGUAUGACACUAAAUAUUAUUUAGAAAUAC